AUGCGGGUGAACACACCGGUCCUCCUUUUCCUUGGUUUACUCUUAUUCGAUUCCAUUCCCGGGUUAGAAGGAGCUACAUUGGCUUCGAUUCCAGGAGUAUAUGUGUUCGGAGAUUCCUUGGUUGAUGCCGGAAACAAUAACUACUUACCAUUUUCUUCAAGGAAAGCUAUUUAUCCACCUAACGGCAUCGACUUUCCUAAACAUAUUCCCACCGGAAGAUUCUGUAACGGCAAAAACGCCGCCGAUGUUAUCGCUGAGAAAUUUGGAUUACCACUACCGCCCCCGUAUCUCUCACUCUUACUAAGAAAGAAUGCGAGAGAAGCCGCCGCCGUAACAGGUGUUAGUUUUGCAUCCGCAGGUGCCGGAAUCUUUAAUAGCGACGACCAAACUACCGGACAAGCUAUCCCUCUGUCCCAGCAACUAGACCAUUGGAUCUCUAUUCAUAAACAACUCACGAGAAAGCUUGGAUCAUCCGAAGCUCAAAUUCACAUAUCCAAAUCUUUAUUCGUUAUCGUAAUAGGCAGCAACGAUGUUUUGGAUUAUAAUAGAAAACUGGAACUUCGACAAAAGAGUAACCCUCAACAAUAUAUGCAAUCUAUAGCAGAUAAAUUCAAAGAGCAUUUGAAGAAAGUUCACGAGACUGGAAAGCCUAGAUUACUAAUAUUCGGAGUAGCACAACUCGGUUGCACACCCGAGAAAAGAGAGAAGAACACGACGAUCUAUGAAUGCAAUGAGGAGGUAAACAUGUUUGCCUCCUUGUACAACGAAGCUCUAAUAAAGAUGUUGCAACAACUCAAAGAAGAGUUACAAAGCUCAAUGACUUACUCUUACUUUGAUAUUUUCAAUUCCACACAAGAUAUUAGCUCCAACCCUGCACGUUACGGUUUAGCCGACGCGACAUCGGCAUGUUGCGGACGUGGGAAAUUAAACGCGGAGAGUCCUUGUCUCCCUCUCCCCAUGGUGAGGGUUUGUUCGGACAGAACAAAAUAUCUCUUUUGGGAUUACUACGGUCAUCCCACAGAAGCUGGUUCUCGUGUUAUCUUCGAUCUCGUGUCUGCUGAUGAUUCACAAUACAUGUUUCCUUUAAGUCUUUCUCAGUUGGUCGCUUCAUGAAAUGUACGUCGUUGUUUUACAUGAUCAAGUAGACAAAUGGAACUAGGAGACUUUUGUUUUCUUUUUCGAAUAAAUUUUUGUGUUUAGUUUUGAUUGUGUGGCCUUUCGUACUGAUUAAUUACUUCAA